AAAUUAAAAGCUUACUAAUUUAAAAAUCUCUAAUAGAAAAAAAUUAUUUUAUUUUCGAAAUUUAAAAAUUUAAUUUAAUUUAUAAGUUUAUAAUAUUAAAAGAGAUAAAGAAAAUAUCUUAAGAUGAUUUUAUUUUUCAUUUGAAAAUUUUCUAAUAAAGAAGAUUGAAAAUUCAAUAUGGACGCGAAAAAAUUAUGUAUCCUGUGAAAAUUUUCUCAUAAUUAAUUUUCAUCCAAGUAAAUUACAUUAAGGGAAUUAAAUUUUUGUGAACAAUCAACUUUGUUUAUCGCAAUAUGAGUGGAAUAAAAAAUGCAAUAAAAAUUAUUAUCGUAAUCAGUCUAUUUACUUUAUCUUCGAGUUUUAAGCGAUCCGAUGUAUAUAUAGCCGGAUUUUUUCCUUAUGGAGAAGGAAUUGAAAAUUCAGCUACAGGACGUGGCGUUAUGCCAAGUGUUAAACUGGCUUUGGAUCACGUAAAUGAACAUGAAGAAAUUUUGAGAAAUUAUCGUCUUCAUAUGUGGUGGAAUGAUACUGAAUGUAAUGCAGCGGUUGGUGUUAAAUCAUUUUUUGAUAUGAUGCACUCUGGUCCACAUAAAUUAAUGUUAUUUGGUGCAGCAUGCACUCAUGUAACCGAUCCAAUAGCAAAAGCAAGUAAACAUUGGCAUUUAACACAAUUAUCAUAUGCCGACACGCAUCCAAUGUUUACAAAAGAUGCCUUUCCAAAUUUUUUUCGAGUUGUACCAUCCGAAAAUGCUUUUAACGCACCAAGAUUAGCUCUCUUGAGAGAAUUUAAUUGGACCCGAGUUGGAACUAUAUAUCAGAAUGAACCAAGAUAUUCAUUACCACAUAAUCACAUGGUAGCAGACUUAGAUGCUAUGGGCUUAGAAGUAUUGGAAACACAAAGUUUCGUGAAUGAUGUUAAUGAACCAUUAAAAAAAUUACGAGAAAAAGAUGUUCGAAUAAUUUUGGGUAAUUUCAAUGAAUAUUGGGCGAGGAAAAUUUUUUGUGAAGCUUACAGAUUGGAUAUAUAUGGAAGAUCUUAUCAAUGGAUAAUAAUGGGAACUUAUUCUGUUGAAUGGUGGAAUUAUACCGAUACAAAUUGCAAAGUAGAACAAAUUACAACUGCAUUAGAAGCAACAAUAAUGACUGAUCUAUUGCCACUUUCAACUGGUGGUGAAAUAACUAUUGCAGGAAUUACGGCUGAUGAGUAUUUAACAGAAUAUGAUAGUCGCCGCGGAAUUGAAUAUUCAAGAUUUCAUGGUUAUACAUAUGAUGGAAUUUGGGCGGCAGCUUUAGCAAUCGAAUAUGUAUCACGAAGAAGAGAGCAAUUUCUAACACAAUUUGAAUAUCGAGUUAAAGAUUGGGAAAAUAUAUUCUUAGAAGCAUUAAGAAAUACCAGUUUUGAAGGCGUAACGGGGCCAGUAAGAUUUUACAAUAACGAACGUAAAGCAAAUAUUCUAAUAAAACAAUUUCAAUUUGUCCAAGAGGAGAAAAUUGGUGAAUAUAAUUCUUUGACAGAAAGAUUAGACCUAUCUUUGGGAAAACCUAUCAAAUGGGUUGGAACUAAACCCCCAAAAGAUCGUCAACUGAUUUAUAUUGAACAUGGACAAAUUAAUAUUACAAUUUAUGUGGUAUCUGCAAGUUGUUCGGUUGUUGGUAUAAUAAUAGCAUUAAUAUUUUUAGCUUUUAAUAUCAAAUAUCGAAAUCAAAGAUAUAUAAAGAUGUCCAGUCCACAUCUUAACAAUUUAAUAAUUGUUGGAUGUAUGCUAACUUACCUUAGCAUAAUAUUUUUGGGUUUAGAUACCACAUUAAGUAGCGUCGCUGCAUUUCCAUAUAUUUGUACAACUCGUGUAUGGUUAUUGAUGGCUGGCUUCAGUUUAGCUUUUGGUGCGAUGUUCUCUAAAACGUGGAGAGUACAUUCAAUUUUCACAGAUCUAAAAUUAAAUAAAAAAGUUAUUAAAGACUAUCAGUUAUUUAUGGUUGUGGGUAUAUUAUUGGCAAUUGACAUAAUUAUUAUAACGACAUGGCAAAUCGCAGAUCCAUUUUAUAGAGAUACAAAAAGAAUGGAAGCUAAAGUCCACGAAAAUCUUGAGGACGUUCUAAUUAUUCCAGAAAAUGAAUAUUGUCAAUCAAAUCAUAUAACAAUCUUUGUUGGAAUUAUUUAUGCAUACAAGGGAAUUUUAUUGAUUUUUGGAGCCUUUUUAGCUUGGGAAACCCGACAUGUUUCAAUUCCUGCUCUUAAUGACUCUAAACAUAUUGGAUUUUCAGUGUAUAAUGUGUUCAUAACCUGUUUGGCUGGAGCUGCUAUAUCGUUAGUUUUAGCUGAUAGAAAGGAUCUGGUUUUUGUUUUAUUAUCUUUUUUCAUUAUAUUUUGUACAACGGCAACAUUAUGUUUGGUGUUCGUACCGAAAGUAAGACUAGUACUUGUUGAGUUAAAGAGGAAUCCACAAGGAGCUGUUGAUAAGCGGAUAAGAGCAACUUUAAGACCAAUGUCUAAAAAUCGUCGUGACUCUUCUGUCUGUGAAUUAGAACAACGUUUAAGAGAUGUUAAAUCGACCAAUUGCCGUUUUAGAAAAGCUUUAAUGGAAAAGGAGGCGGAAUUGCAAGCUUUAAUAAGAAAAUUAGGACCGGAAGCUAGAAAAUGGUUAGAUGGAAAUUGCGCUGGUAACGGUAAUAGUUAUGACACAGAACCUAUUUUAAAUGACACAAAUCGUUUGUCGGCACCAGUUAUUAAAAGAGAUAUGCCAAGUGCCACAGAAGUUACCGAAUUGACAUCCGUCGAUAGUGUAAUGUCAACUCAUGCUGAAAUGGAUACAACAACAACAACGUCAUCACAAAAAAAACGGGUUCAAACUGUUACUCCUACACAUGAUAAAGCACCAACAGUAAUAGCUCCCCAACCGCCACAAAAUCAGCAGCAACCACCAUUACCACCAAAAUCGCAAGAAGUACUACAUCAACAAAUGCACCAAUUGCCAUCUGAAACGAUUUCUAUGAGUAUACCACCACCAAGUUCACAACACAUUCCGAAAUCCGAAGAUCAUGUUCUUCAUCAUCGAAUUAUAGAAAAGCGGAGCUCUGUCUCAGCUCAAACAGAUCCUCCAAACAUAAUUAGCCAGCAACAAAUGAAAAAACAUGAAUGUAAUAAUAUUAAACAUGAAGAAUUAAUACAAAGGGAAAGGAAACAAUCAAUGGAUUAUCGUGAAAAGAAGAAAUCUUCAGAAAUAUCAAGUCAAUCUUCAACACCAAAAUCAAAGCAUAAUACAUCACAUAGAAAUUCAAAUGCAUCAAUGCAUAAUGGAUCAAAUUCUGAGCUAAGCUGUCCUCAUAUAAAAAAUAACAAUAGCAACAUUAAUAAUAAUAACAACAAUAACAAUAAUAAUAACAACAAUAACAACAUAAAUAACAACACAAAAGUAGAAACCAGGAAAGUUACAACUCAAAUAAAUCCCAAUCAAUGUAAAAGUAGUUUUGUGGUUUCUCAAAGUGAUUUAUGGGAUACUCAAACCUUAUCACAUGCUAAACAACAUUCAAGACAUUCACCAAGAAAUUAUCCAAAUCAACAACGUUGUUCCGAACAUAGUCACAUUAUACAGUAUGAACCGAAUGCAACAUCACCUAUACAACGAUCUGUAUCCGAGAAAAAUCGUCAAAAACAUCGACAUAAACCACAGAAAGGUACAGUAUGUCAAAGUGAAACAGAUAGUGAGCGCGAACGUGAACCACCAACCCCUUCACCAUGUUCAAAUACAAGAAAAUUAAACAAAACGAAUAUUCAACAACACGCCCACCAUCAUUCAUCACCAAAUGUUGCUCCAGAUAAACGAAAACAUAGAAAUAAAAAUGAUUCUACAAUAUACGCAGCCAGUUCUGAAUCAGAAUUAUUGGAUGGUGAUACUGCAAUUUUACCAAUUUUCCGUAAACUUUUAACCGAAAAACAACAACCAAGACAAAAAGGACGCAGCAUAGUUGGACAAAGUUGUCCUAAUAUAUCAAUUAAAUGUGACAUAGUUGAAUAUUUAUAAGAGGUUUUAGUAAAUUGCCAAAAAAACGGAUUCUAUACAGAGGCAAAACUUUUAAUUUUAAAUAAAUUACAUGCAUAGUAUAUAAAUUUCAAAAAGAUUAAAAUGUUAAAUAAGUAGUUUGCUUUGUCAAUUAAAAAUAUGGAAACGAAAUUAAAAAAAAAUAAGCAAUGCUAAUUUUAUUGUUAUAAGUAAAUUAUGUAUGUACAUAAUAUUGUAACUAUGCUUAUAAUAUCUAUUACAAGCUAACAGUUAAAAGGAAUAUUUUGAUGUUCUGAUUACAAAGCACGGUAAGAGAAUUUAGUUUUUAUUAUUUGGAAAAAAUUUACUAAUAAUUUUCAUAGCUACGUUAUUGUUUCUUCUUAUGAUUUAAACAUUUAUAAAGCAUAUUUUGCAAUUCAUUAUUUUGAAUGUAUGUAUUUUUCCUUUAAUGAAUUGAAAAAAAGAAAAUAAAUAAGUAAAAUUUACGUUGACUUAUUAAAUAAAGUUUAAUAAUAACAAAAUUUAUGUAA